AUGACAAAAGGAGAAGAAAGAAAGUGGAUUGAACAACUUCGUAUGAACCCUCCAAAAUUAUUAGAUGAAAGUGAUUUAAGAUUAGUGUGUCAAAGAGUUAAAGAAAUAUUAGUAGAAGAGAAUAAUGUGCAGUCUAUAAAGCCCCCUGUUAUUAUAUGUGGAGAUAUUCAUGGUCAAUUUUUUGAUUUAUUAGAAUUAUUUGAUGUGGGUGGAGAUAUAAUGAAUAAUGAUUAUAUAUUUUUAGGUGAUUAUGUAGAUAGAGGUUAUAAUAGUGUUGAAACAUUUGAAUAUUUAUUAUUAUUAAAAUUGUUAUUUCCAAAAAAUAUAACAUUAUUAAGAGGAAACCAUGAGAGUAGACAAAUAACUACAGUAUAUGGAUUUUACGAUGAAUGUUUUAAAAAAUAUGGAAAUGCUAAUGCAUGGAAAUAUUGUACUGAUAUAUUUGAUUAUUUAACAUUAGCUGCAUUAGUUGAUAAUCAAAUAUUUUGUGUACAUGGUGGUUUGUCUCCUGAAAUUAAAUUAAUCGACCAAUUAAGAUUAAUAAAUAGAGUACAAGAAAUACCACAUGAAGGGGCCUUCGGUGAUAUUAUGUGGUCUGAUCCUGAUGAAGUUGAUGAUUGGGUUGCUAACCCUAGGGGGGCUGGAUGGUUAUUUGGUCCGAAUGUUACUAAAAAAUUUAAUCAUAUAAAUAAUCUUGAACUAAUAGCACGAGCUCAUCAGCUAGCUAUGGAAGGAUAUAGAUACAUGUUUGAAGAUUCAACUAUUAUUACUGUUUGGUCAGCUCCUAAUUAUUGUUAUCGUUGUGGUAACGUCGCAGCAAUAAUGCGGAUUGAUGAGUAUAUGAACAGACAAAUGUUAAUAUUUAAGGAUACCCCUGAUUCAAGAAAUUCUAUAAAAAAUAAGGCCACCAUACCGUACUUCUUAUAA